AUGUCAGAAUUGCGUUAUUUAGUGAGUGACAAUGAAGUAGAUAGGCUUAGAAUGCAACGAGUUCGUGCACAUCAAACACAACAACAGCAAGCACGACAUAAUGAAAAUGAGCGAAUCCGCAGACGCAGUGCUUCUGUGAUUCUUGAACGAGCUGCAUUCCACUAUGAUCCGGCAAUUGAUUAUUGUGCCGACAAAUCGGCGUUAAAAUACACUGGUGAAUCUGCGGGAUUAUGUUGUGCUGGAGGCAAAGUAAAAUUGCCACAAUUGGUCCUACCACCAGAUCCUUUACGCUCUUUAGUUUCUGGGAUUGGAAAUGAUUCGAAGCACUUCUUGGCCAACAUUCAGAAAUAUAACAACUGUUUUCAGAUGACAUCAUUUGGCGCUACACAUAUUAUACAGGACAAUUUCAUGCCCACAUUCAAGAUACAAGGACAAAUUUAUCACUUACUGGGGGCACUGUUACCACUACCUGAUGCAGAUCAUCAAUUUUUACAAAUUCAUUUUAUGGGCAAUUCAGAUGCGGAAGUUGAUAAUCGUUGUGCUCACAAUCCAACAGUGAAGAGAACCAUUGUCCAAGAAUUACAAAUGUUUCUUCAUCAGAAUAACAAUUUAGUAAACAUGUUCAAAAUAGCAUUGGAUCGGAUGCCAUCUGAUAGCCAUAAUAUUAUCAUUCGAGCUGACAAAACACCUGCCGGUGAACACACAAGGAGGUUUAAUUCACCUACCAUUGAUGAAGUGGCUGUUGUCAUUGUGGGAGAAAAUUUACAAUCUAGAGAUAUUGUGCUUCAUCGUCGGAAUAGUAAUUUAAAACGUGUAUCUGAAACACACAGGAGCUAUGAUGGAUUACAAUAUCCUUUGAUCUUCUGGCAGGGGGAAGAUGGAUACCAUUUUAAUAUCAAAAUGGUAAAUCAAGUAACAGGUGCUGAAACCAACAAAAAAGUUAGUGCUAUGAAUUUCUACUCAUACAGACUCAUGAUCCGUCGAGGUGAAAUAAAUCAUAUUUUGUUGUGUCAACGACUUUUUCAUCAGUUUGCAGUUGACAUGUAUGUUAAAAUUGAGACUGAACGAUUAACAUACAUCCGUUUGAACCAACGACAGCUACGAUCAGAGGAAUACAUUCAUCUCCGCGAUGCUAUGAAUGCCGAUGGCAGUGUGAAUAAUGUAGGAAGAAUGACAAUUUUGCCAGGCACUUAUAUAGGAAGCCCACGCCACAUGCACGAAUAUGCUCAGGAUGCUAUGUCAUAUGUUAGGCAUUAUGGCCGCCCAGACUUAUUUGUUACAUUCACAUGUAACCCAAAUUGGUCCGAAAUCAAGAGGGAAUUGCUACAUAACCAAACACCAGUUGAUAGACAUGACAUAAUUGCCAGAGUAUUUAAACAAAAAAUAAAAUCUCUCAUGAAUUUCGCAAUAAAGCAUUAUGAAACAGUUGACCCAAAAUUGCAUGCAGUAGUUACCAAACACAUGAUACAUGGACCUUGCGGACUUUUCAACUACAAUUCACCCUGUAUGGUCGACGGCAAGUGUUCCAAGCGAUACCCAAGAGACCUGCUUGCUGAAACCGUAACGGGAAAUGAUGGAUACCCAUUGUAUCGUCGGCGAUCAGUUGCGGACAAUGGGCGAUCGGUAGUUGUAAAGGUAAGAGAACAAAAUCUUGAUGUAGACAAUCGUUGGAUUGUGCCAUACUCGCCAAUAUUGUCCAAAACUUUUGAGACUCACAUCAAUGUGGAAUAUUGUAACUCUGUAAAGUCGAUAAAGUACAUAUGUAAAUAUGUUAACAAAGGCAGCGAUAUGGCUGUCUUCGCUGUAACCAAUGCAAAUGAUGAAAUAUCACAGUACCAGAUGGGGCGCUAUGUAAGUAGCAACGAAGCAAUUUGGCGAAUAUUUUCAUUUGCGAUCCAUGAAAGAUACCCUACAGUAGUCCAUUUGGCGGUCCAUUUAGAAAAUGGUCAACGAGUUUAUUUUAAUGCAUCGAACGCGGCAGACAGAGCGGCACGUCCACCAUCGACAACAUUAACAAGUUUCUUCACAGUCUGUCAAACUGAUGAUUCUGCUCGCACUUUGCUGUAUGCUGACAUGCCACGCUAUUACAUAUGGAAUGCAUCAUCGAAAUCGUUUCAGCGUCGAAAACAAGGAACACCAGUUGAAGGACAUCCAAAUGUAUUUGCUUCAGACGCUCUGGGUCGCAUCUACACAGUACAUCCAAAUAACGAUGAAUGUUAUUAUUUGCGAUUGUUGUUGGUGAAUGUUCGUGGUCCGACAUCGUUCAAACAACUGAGAACAGUUAAUGGACAGCUGUGUGCGACUUACCGUGAGGCAUGCCAACUAUUACAUUUACUUGAGAAUGAUUCGCACUGGGAUGAUACGCUCAAGGAUUCCGUAAUAUCUUCAUCGCCGCAUCAAAUUCGUACAUUGUUUGCGAUUAUCAUAUCGACAUGUUUCCCCUCGAAUCCAAAAGAUUUGUGGGUUAAGUAUAAAGAUGACAUGUCUGAGGAUGUUUUGCAUCGUGUGCGCCGUGAAACUUUGAAUCCUACACUACAAAUGACUGAAGAAAUUUACAAUGAGACAUCGAUCAUGAUAGAAGAUAUGUGUUUAUUGAUAGCAAAUGAAGUAUUGUCGUGUUUGAGAAUGACAGCACCCAAUCGUCAUAUGCACGAUGCAUUAAACCACGAGUUGCAGAGGGAACAACAGUACGACAUUGAAGAAUUGGCCAAAACAGUUCGUACAAAUGUUCCACAAUUAAAUCAACAACAAAGAAUUGCAUACGACACUUUGAUAGAAGCUGUGAACAGUGGAUCUGGUGGAAUUUAUUUCCUUGAUGCUCACGGAGGAACAGGAAAAACAUUCUCAAUUUCAUUGCUGUUGGCGAGGAUCAGAUCGCGAAAUGAUGUUGCUCUAGUGUUGGCUGCGCAUUCUGCCUUGAAAUUACAAUUAAACAUGCAAAUCACGGAAACACCAAUUUGCAACAUCGCCAAAAAUAGCGCAAUGGCCAAGAUCCUACAGGUAUGCGAAUUAAUUGUUUGGGAUGAAUGCACAAUGGCCCAUAAGAGGUCACUGGAGGCACUGGACAGAACAUUGAAAGAUAUUCGUGACAACCAAAAUAUUUUUGGUGGGGCCAUGAUUCUGUUGUCAGGUGAUUUUCGUCAGACUCUUCCAGUUAUUCCCCGAUCAACUGUUGCUGAUGAACUGAAUGCAUGCCUAAAAUCAACUUAUUUGUGGCAGUACGUAAAGACACUACAAUUAACAACUAACAUGCGAGUAUUUUUGCAACAUGAUGAAACUGCAAAUAUGUUUGCGAAGCAGUUGUUAGACAUUGGAAAUAAUAAAGUUGCAAUGGACACUUCGACCGGAUUCAUCACAUUACCCACAAAUCUCUGUCACAUCACAGAUUCAAAAGAGGAGCUUAUUCAGCGUGUUUUCCCAGAUAUAGCACAAAAGUUCAAUAACCAUAAUUGGCUGGGUGAACGAGCAAUAUUGGCAGCCGAAAAUAAAGAUGUCGAGGAUCUCAAUACGAUCAUUCAAAAUUUUCUCCAGGACAGUUGGUUUCCUUUUAAUCAGUCGACACCGUUAUGA